AUGAUUAACAACGGUGGUCCUUCAAAUACUAGUGAUAAAAAGAGACUUCAGAUAAGUUCUGUUAUACUUCUAGGCCUAUGAGUCUUCCCUAUCCUACUUUUAUCAAUAUUCAUAAAUUCGGAUUUCAUCUUGGAAGUUGCCCUAUGGUCACUACUAUAUUGCUGCCCUUUUGCAAUAGCAGGAAUCUCAGGACUUCUAUCAAAUACAAACAAUCCUUGUCGGCUGAGAGCUCUAGCCAUAGUAUUCAUUUGCUUUUUGAUUUACUGCUUACUUAAUGCAGGGUUUUUUGUCAUUGAAUUCAUAAUUAUGAUUUCUUAUUCUGCGAACGGCUCUGGAAGCAAUGAUGAUGACACAGGCCUAGGAAGAGCAAUUACAUUUGUGCUCAUAAUAAUAGCUGGGGUCGGGGUAGCUUAUUUUUUAAUUGCUGCUUGAAUGGGAUGGAGAGGUUUUAAAGCUUCAAAAGCCAUGACAAACGUAUUAGGAAGAUAUCAGCAACAAAUAGAUGGUGUUGGCUAUUCACAAGCUAAUGAUUAUCCUCUAAAUACUUGAACUUAA